AUGGAUAACGAAAAAAUUAUCAGAUGGAUAUGUCCAGAUCCUAAUUGUAAUUUGGGAAGAGUUGUAGAUACUGUUCCUGAAUUAUUAUUACAUUCAAAAUAACAACAUAAAUUAAUUAAGUUUGAUAAAUUUAGAGAAAUGAUUAUUAGUGUUUUUGAUGAUAGUAAUCUCUCUCGUUUAUAAAAUGAAUAACAUUAUCUAGGCAUCAUAAACAAUAUUUAAAAUCUUAUCACUUUUCUAAAAGAAUCAUUGCAAAAUUUUGAAAAGACUUUUAAAUAGUAAAUUUUGUACACCUAAAAAUUCUAGAAAAUUAGAUGAUUUCUAUGAACAAAUACAUCCUCGUAAAAUGUUUAUUGAAGUCACUUAAGCUAUCAUGAAACAGGAAGAUAUAGAUAAAGAAAUAUUGACUAUAUAUUUGGAUAAUUACAUUAAGAAAUUUGAUAUUAGUUAGAAAACUUAAGAAAAACUUGAUAAAUUAUAAAGUUAAAUAGAUAACUUUUGUUAAUCACAAUAAUCAGAUUUAAUAAGUUUAUUUGAAAGACAAUUAUAGAUUCGUGAAACAGCUAAUGUUGUCAAAGUAUAACAAGAAAUAAUUCCUCUAGAAUAAAUUUAAUAAUAAAUUUAUUAAUUUGAUAUCAAUAAAUCAAGCAAAGAAAUCAUAUUUACAAAUAAUUUGAAAACUGCAAAAGCAAAAGAUACUAAAUGUUUUGUUUACUUUAAAGGUGUUGAAGAAUAAAAAAAAGUCUUUAUGUAAGUUGAAUUGACAGUAUUAAAUGAUGAUGAUUAUAUCUUCAAUAUAGGUGUUGUUAAUGCAAAUCAUAAUUUAAAUGAUUAUGAAGGUUGCUUCCUAUUAACAUAAACAGGAACUUUUCUUUUAGAAAGAGAAACUUUAUAAUCUAAACUUAAAGUAAAGAAUGGUUCAAAAAUUAAAGUAAGGUAUGCUAAAAAACAUCCUAAAAAAUUAUUCUUCUAGGUUGAUAAUAAUUUAAAUGUAAAAUUAUACUAUAUAAUAUUUAGGAUAAAAUUUAGUUGAAUAAUGAACUCCAUGUAUUUUACUUCAUAAUUAUUAUUAAAAAUGCUGAGGUUUAAUUAUAAUUAAAGUGA